GCGAGAAAAGAGCCAGACUGUUGGUGGAUCACUGAAGGAUCAGGCAGCUGGUGGAUCACUCAAGGAUCAGGUAACUGGUGGAUCACCCAAGACUCAGGCAGCUGGUGGAUCACCCAAGACUCAGGCAGCUGGUGGAUCACUCAAGGAUCAGGCAGCUGGUGGAUCUCCCAAGCCUCAGGCAACUGGUGGAUCACCCAAGACUCAGGCAGCUGGUGGAUCACCCAAGACUCAGGCAGCUGGUGGAUCACUCAAGACUCAGGCAGCUGGUGGAUCACCCAAGACUCAGGCAGCUGGUGGAUCACUCAAGGAUCAGGCAGCUGGUGGAUCACCCAAGACUCAGGCAGCUGGUGGAUCACCCAAGACUCAGGCAGCUGGUGGAUCACUCAAGACUCAGGCAGCUGGUGGAUCACCCAAGACUCAGGCAGCUGGUGGAUCACCCAAGACUCAGGCAGCUGGUGGAUCACCCAAGACUCAGGCAGCUAGUGGAUCACCCAAGACUCAGGCAGCUGGUGGAUCCUCAAGACUCAGCACUGGUGGAUCACCCAGACUCAGGCAGCUGGUGGAUCACCCAAGACUCAGGCAGCUGGUGGAUCACCCAAGACUCAGGCAGCUGGUGGAUCACCCAAGACUCAGGCAGCUGGUGGAUCACCCAAGACUCAGGCAGCUAGUGGAUCUCCCAAGCCUCAGGCAACUGGUGGAUCACCCAAGACUUAGGCAGCUGGUGGAUCACCCAAGACUCAGGCAGCUGGUGGAUCACUCAAGACUCAGGCAGCUGGUGGAUCACCCAAGACUCAGGCAGCUGGUGGAUCACUCAAGGAUCAGCUUGUUAGGAUCACCGGGUCGUUCACGCCGCUUAUUAAGUCAUGUUACAAUCAAUCGUCUCUUGGGAACUCUGGAGCGGCAUAAAUCCAACGCCUCUGCCAUCAAAUCCGGCUCUUGGGAACUCUUAUGGCGGCAUAAAUCCAACGCCCCUGCCAUCAAAUCCGGCUCUUGGGAACUCUGGCGGCGGCGUAAAGCCAACGCCGCCGCUCCCCAAUCCGGCUCCC